UAAUUAGGGUUGUCUGGAAACCUUUUAAUUGCAUUAAAUUGUUAGCUACUUUAAGUGAUUGAAUCACUUAGAAACAUGAUUCAAUUCACAUUUUAUACUGGAAUUGGUAAAUUUUGCAUAGGUGUGUGUCGAUAGGUUACGAAUGCGUAGUCAGUCCAAUAGGGCCAUGUGAGUUGCAUGCAUUUGAGGGGGUUAGGGCCACAUGAGUUGUGUGCAUGUUGGCAAAGAAACAGAAGUUCCCUAUUUGGGAGCAUUUUGAGAUGUUGGAGGACACAAGAUUUGUGUGCUGCAAGGCUUGUAAAACAUGAACAUCAAUGAUUAUCUAUCAAUAUAAUUAUAGCAGAUAUUGGUAUCGGUUAUUGGUAUCGGCUUUUUGCUUGGAUAUUGGUGAAAUACCUUUUUUGGUACAACUCUAGUUCACAUCACAUGUCCUAUAUAUUGUGAAUGUGGGGAUACACAGCAAUAUGACUAUUGUACUGUUUGCAUGGUAAGUAGUUUUUGCUCUAAUGUUUGUUUGUUAUGACUAACUUGAUAGUGUUGGCAGAUGACACACCCUAUUUAGGUAGAUUUGCAGUUUUAUUACUGUUGAGCAAUGUAUGCUUGUUCAUUGAGAUAAGGUUAUAUUAAUAGAAUGUGAGUCAAAUGGUAAACAAAAGAGUUAUGUAUCUAAGGUCAAUAUAACUUUAGUUUGGAAAGAAACAAUUACCUGCUAUACUUCACACGGUACAUGCUAUUACUGAGUGCUUAUUGAAACUGUUCAAUGUCAUAAGUAUACUUCUACUUUGUAACUGUUGUGUUUCUAUUCUGUACAGGUUAAUACUGUGGGUACGUUUAAUGUUAUUCGACUUGCAGCUAAGGCAAUGGCUUUGAAUGAGCCUUACACAUCUGAUGGUGAAAGAGGUGUGAUCAUCAACACAGCUAGCGUUGCUGCCUAUGAUGGACAAAAGGGUCAGAUUGCAUAUUCAUCUUCGAAAGGUGCCAUAGUUGGAAUGACAUUACCUGCUGCCAGAGAUCUGUCUGAGAUAGGGGUCCGUGUGUGCACAAUUGCACCUGGUCUGUUUCUGACUCCUCUGCUUCAGAGUCUUCCUGAGAAAGUGCAAGUGACUCUUGCUUCUGCCGUUCCUUUUCCUAACCGAUUGGGUACACCUGAUGAGUUUGCUCAGUUGGUGCAAUCAAUAAUUGAAAUUCCAAUGUUGAAUGGAGAAGUCAUCCGACUUGAUGGAGCACUAAGAAUGCAGCCUUGACAGUUGAGUUUCUGUUAUAACAAACCUGACACAGAUUAUGUUUGUCAAUAAAUUGAUAUAUUUAUUA